AUGGCUAAGAAGUCCCGUUCAAGCUCUAAGAAGUCUACUCCAGUUGGAACUCCAUCGGGGACUCCCAAGGGAACUCCAACGAAGAAAAAUAAGGUCAAAUCGAAGCCUGUAGCUAAGAAACCAGCUCCAUCUCUGACAGCUGUUCCAAGAGAAAGAAUCGCUCGUUCUAUUCAGCAAUUGCGCAAAUUUGAACAGAAGGAGGAAGCGUCCGAAUCGCAGAGUUUGUUGGACGAUGAUGAUGAGUUGAAUCAGCUAGUGCAGUUAAUUGUUGUGAACAACACUUCAUUCACUGGGGCUAAUAAACAAUUCAAAUUGAAAUUGGCCACUGUUAAGCAUUCAUUGUACAGUGCAUGGAAUGCAGCAAGUGAAACUUCCAUUAAGGAUUUCAAAGUACUACUCAUUGUUAAGGACUCAGACGUCAACAAGAUUUCGGCCGAUGAUUUGAUCCAAGAGGGCCAAGAGAAACAAGUACAGGUAGAGAUUAUCGGUGGCAAACACCUCAAGACCAACUACAAAGAGUAUGAAAGAAGAAGAGCUUUCUUGUCCGAAUUUUCGUUGAUUCUAGCAGAUGAUAAUAUCAUUACUACUCUGCCCAAAUUACUCGGUGGUAAGGCUUAUAACAAACUUGAGACUACACCGAUCGGUAUAAGGGCAUAUGCAAACAAGCAAUUUUCCAAAAAAACUUUGGUGAACAGCUUCAACAAAAUCUACACAAGUAAGCUUCCUGUGAAAUUACCAAGAGGUACAACGGUUAACGUGCACCUGGGAAACCUAGCAUGGUUCAAAGACCAACAAUUCGUCGACAACAUCGAGCUGUUGCUCAAAGAGUUUAUCGACAACUACAGCAUCAGAUCGGUCUUUGUCAAGUGCAACAACUCGCCAGUGCUUCCGUUAUACUAUAACCAGGACGUUUUAGAUGAAAUCUCAAGUAAGAAACAGCAGGAGAAGCGUGAGGUGCCAGAGGAUCAAUUGGUCGAUAUUGACGGUGUCAAGGUGCAGCUAUCGACCUUCGACCAAGCACUGAUGGAGAUUGCCAACCCAGACGACGUCAAGGACAUCUUUGCCAAGAAGAUCAAUGCUGCCAAGAGGCAAAGAGCAGACGACAAGGAACCAGAAACCGAAACUGUCAAAAAGGCGAAGAACUGA